AUGAGCAACCCAAGUAACAAUGAUCUAGCGGCAAGACUGUCAAGAGCAGAAGAGAAUGUGGCAUGCAUAACACAAGCAACAACAGCAGCCAUGGGGGUACAACCGGGACCACCAUCAGCACCACCAAGCAGGGGUAACGGUAACCAGAAGAGGACAGCAAAGAAUCCAAUGGAGGGACCAAUUGCGGAAGGAGAUGAAGGCAACAAAGACGGUGCACCAAUUGGCUAUGACAUCCUGCUAGACGGAGAAUUGAUGACACCCAACAAUGAGGACGGGUUGUAUCAACCGGGGGAAGCUGAACCAGAACCAAAAGGGAAGGGUCACAAAGUGACAACCAGGUUAGGCGAAGCCACUGGUGACAGCCAGAGGGUUGGGAACCCGGCAGAUUCACAUAUAGAAUCAAUCACAACAAGUGAUUACCAAGCUCUACAGCUGGUGGAUGAACACGGUCUCAUGACUUUCCAAUUAAGAUUCAGAAACCCUCCAAGAGGAGAGAAAACUCAUGAGACUCACUUUAAUAAUUCAUUUUGUAUUGUGUGUGCAGAAGAAGGCCAUGCAAUGAUCCAGAUGCAGGGGGAAAUCAACAAACUGUACUUGAGGUACAAGUGGGCCAAGGGGGCAGCGCUCCUAGCGUAUUUCACCAACAAGUUUUUGCGUGAACCAAGAGACUCUGCACAGCCAGGAGAAAGAAACCCCACUCCAGGGCCAAGAAAUAGGUGUAACCUGAAGAGCCGCCCACCAAUAAAAAACCCACCCGUGCAACCCAGAGAACGGAUCCCAACACCCCCUCCCGUAGACAGGCAAAUCCCACCGGAGAGACACAUGGCCACACGUAGAAGCCCCAGCACCUUAAUUCAGGAGGAUUUUUCAGACCCACUACACACAUUGCCAACAGGACUUACCACCACAUUGUGGUAG